CAACACGGAAGGUAGUCAAAGCAGGCGGAACAUUUUCUGUUUUUGCUUGUCUUUCUCAUUUAAAAAAUACAAUUAUGGACGCCACUUCUCCCAAGACGAAUCUGAAGAAGAAACGCAAGACCCACACUUCGAGAGGCUAUCGGAGGAGGGAGCGGGAGGUGCAAGGCUUGCUAAAGGAUAACGAGAGCAGCAUAUAUGGUCAGGAACUGGACUUCGAGGCCCUUAGCCUGCAGUUUUUCCAUGGAAACGAUAAUGAGGUGCUUCGCGAGAAGGACUCCCCAGUGAAAGAAGGAGCUGACAAGGAGAGCGACGAAGAUUCCGGCGGGGAGUUGGCUGUGGAGCCGUCGGAUUCACCCUCUCAAACAUUCAUCCAAAUCGAUCUACAGGAUCCACCACUGGUCUGGAAUCAGCUCUCCAAGCAACGCCACUACUAUGAUGAGAGUUUGCUGUACCGACCGAACAACACCCUGCACUUCCAGUUGCAAGUGGGUGACGCCCACCUAAAGGACUCCCAAAUCCGCCUGUUGAAUCGCUACCAAGAGCAGGCCAAAAGCCAGUCCAGCAAACUGAGCGCAGAUUUGAUAGCCCAGCUCAGCCAGGAGAACGACCCCAAGUUCCUCUUUGAUGACAAACUGUAUCGCAGUGUUUGCCACAAGAAGUUCCAGAGUGUGUUCUUCGAUCCCAUGUUACCGGACGAAGUGCAGGGCUUGCCCAGCAGACGUUGCCUGAAGUUGAGCAUAAAGCAGCUCCGCUUCAGCACGCAUCCCCAGCUCUUGGAGGAGCACCGACUUGCUCAGCAACUGGAGGAUCUCUUCGAUGUGUACACUCAGCAGAAGAGGCAGAGGAUCUGCAGAAAACUGAGGGAGGAGCUGGAGAUUGCUCGCCAGGUGGCUGUUAAGCUGCUCGCCUCGGCUGGCCAGGAUCAAGCCGGGGAGGUGAAGCGACAGCUGAAACUCACCCGCCAGCUGAGGCAACGCUACUACUCGGAGUCGGCUGCACAGCGCAAUCUUCUGCAGCGCUUGCUGAGGGAGUGGGCCAAGCUGAAGGAGCUGCGUCGUCAGCAGCGCUUCCAGUGCACUCGUUUCCAAUUGGGCUUGAGAGUGGUGCACCCUCCCGAUUUAGAGGCCUCCUAUUCCGCCUGGAAGGAGAACUUCGAGAAGGAUUUAGCCGAGGUUUAUCGGGAUCACUUGGAGGUCUUCUACACCCGCCUCCGUCUGUGGAGCGAGCGAAAGUCCAAGGGCCGGAAGUCGGCAGGCCAAUCGAAGCCUCCAAGGAAACCGCAGUUCGACAAGGUGAUGGCCAGUCUGAGAAAGGAUUACGACAAGGCCUUCAGGGAUCCGGAAGAGCCGAUUGUGGAGGUCAUUCGCCUGCACGCAGACGAGUCAACUGCCAGGCUGUCCAAUCCCGGUGGAGAGCAGCUGCCCAAGGCGCGGAACUACUUCCUGAAGAUCUUUCUGGACGGCCAGUUUGUGGGUCAGAGCAGGAGCUAUCGCCUGGAGCCGGAUCUGCAAAUAUCCAUCAACGAGUGCAUUGGGGUGCUGUUAGAAAGGUCGAUGCCGGAGAACCUUAACAUCUGGCUGUAUGAGAAGUCCACGUUGACCCCAAAGAGCCGUCGCCUGGCGCAGAUGAGCACUCCUCUUUUGUUGAGUUCCAAGGAUGAUGCUCUGCAGGAGAAGAUCAGCUUUAGGACCUCAUCCUCCACUCAGUUGGCAGGCGACGUUUAUCUGUACUAUGAAUACCGAUCCACGGAGGGUUGGGGAGGUGCCCACAAUCUGGACGAUGUGCAGAGGCUUCCGGAUUCUCUGAGACAGACUUUGAUACCACCGAAACUACUCGCUUCCCCUGAAGCCUCCAAAGAACUAGUGACUCCCAGACCGCCAAGUGGCAGGACUAAGAGGAGCAUCCUGCCGCCGCUGAUCUUGGCUGAGCAUCGGCUACAAUUCUGUGCCAUUGAGGUGCUGCUGGAGAACAGACGGUUCCAGUUGCUCCACUCCCGUCAUCAGCAAAAGAAUCUCCACACCAAACAGCUCCGGUUUGUGCCCGCCCUGGAGCAGGAAAUCACUGAGGAUGAGCCGAUACCGGAUGGUAGGGGCACCGUUCAGCUCUUGGAACCGGGAACCUAUUGGAAUCCCAUCGAUCUGCACAAGCAUCGCGGGCGGAAGUUCCUCCAGUUGCUCUACGAGGUGAUCACCAGUCAGAGUGCCAGGAGGGCCAAGGCCUUGGAAACGCCUUUGCCGCUGCUCCUGCUGGCCGAUCACUCGGAUCACUCGUCGGCCACCGGUUGGACAGCCCUUUGGCGAGCCAUCUGCUCCGUUUUCCAGAGACAACCGAUUUCCCUGCCCCGGGAACCUUCAGUUUGGUCUGGCCAGCAGUCGGGCCUCGAUCUCUUCAAGCACUUCAGCGUUUCCCUCCAUGUGGUGAGGGCCACUGGGGUGCCAGUGAGGAGUCGCCACAUCCUGAACCUCAACGAGCGACGCACCAGCGCCGGAGGCGAUAUGGGCACCAGUUUGUUCGUCACACAGACUCUCAUGUACUCGAAUGUGCGACCCUUCGUGACCCUGAGCUAUGGACAACGACUGUGCCGGAGUCGCACUGCCGAGGGCAGUAAUCCCACCUGGAAUGAGCAACUGCAGCUGCAGAUCAGCAGCCAGUUCGGUGAUCUCCGCGAGGAUCUCAAGAUCAGUCUGUUCGAUGAACUAAUAGAGCAGCAGUACAGCGAAGAGGCCUCGGAUUUGUAUCAGAGGGUCCAGUGCAACUGGCUGGGGGAGUUCCGGGUGCCCAUCAACAGUCUUCUGGCCCAUCGGAAGUUUGAGGGCUGCAUAGAGUUGGCCAUGCCCAAAGUGUUGGUGGGCUACAAGCGGCCUUUGAUCGACUCAGUGACUAACAUGUCCGCGGAUCAGUACCCCGAGUUCAAGGAGGCAGUGCACCUGUGGUUCUACCUGAGCAUCGAGCCCGGUGGCGGAGAACUGUUGGCCCUGCACUCGAGUGCCUUGGCCUGUGCCGAAAUGCCGGAGACGCAGCAACAUCUCAGCGAAAGGCGGUUGGAACUGAUGCAACUUCUUCCCCAACCGCAGCGGUUUGUGGAACCCCUGGUGUGCACGGCGCAAGGAAAGAGGGUGUGCAUCACCAGACUCUUGGAUGCGAUUCCCCUUCCACCAGCGGCGGCCACUGGAGAGAGUCCUUUGGAGAGCGCCUGUCGCUUUGUUUCGCUGCUCAGCCAGUUCCGCAGCUACGAUCCUUGUCAGGGUUUCCGGGGGGUGUGGCUGGACAACCAGUCUCUGCUGGACAGCACCUGGUGCUCGGUCAAGGAUUUGGGUGUCCUUCUGUGCAACUACUUGCUUUCCUUAGGGCUGGAGUGCUGGCUGAUUCUGGGAGUCGCCUGCCCUCACGGCGAGUGCUCCUUCGUGCUUUUUCGCCAUCCAGAGACCGCUGAACUUUUUCUGGUGGCCCCCGCCACUGGCAAAAGAUACCAAUUGCAGGAUGUCCAUUGUCCUUUGAGAAGGAUAUUUUGUGUGGUGGGAAAGACGAAUAUUUAUUUCAACAUUCAAACGGAAACGCGCGUCAGCAUGACGAACUUAAACCUUCAGGAUGGCGCCUGCUGGUUUCCACUCUUCAACCGUCGCGUUCCUGCCCCCCAAGGUGGCGUACAGAAAUUGGACUACAUGUACAAGAGGAGCCACGAACUGAGUCAGUUGCAGAAGCACAUUGAGCGCAAAAUCAUGAAGAAGAUCAGUGCCUGGCGAACCACUAGGAAAACCAUCUGGAAUCGAGCCUUCCAACCGCGACUCCAGAGGAUUCUCAGCGACAUGGAAAACUUAUCCACUUUUUCAAGGGGCCGAUAUGAUGAGCCUGUUUUCAGCGAGCAACUGGAACAGGAAUAUCCCAACUACAGGCUCUACGGCUUCACCCUCAACUUUGCGUACACGAAUCUGGCGGCGAUAUCGGAGCGCAUCCGGACCACCUGCAUCCACUACAACCACGACGCCUCGGUGGAGUUCUGCGUGGCGGUGCACCUGCACGCCCACGCCAAUGACGUGCUGUCCGUCUGGCUGUUCCUGCUCUCCAUGGUGCCGCUGGUGGUGUGAUUCACAUCCCAGAAGGCAGUCGAAAUGCCAGAGGCCGUCCCCAGCCACGCGAGACUCGCUAUCAGUUCUGUUUACAAGUGCAAGCGU